CAGUCCUGAAAGCAGAGAACAGAGUCAACAUCUCUAACCUGCGUUUUAUAGAGACCAGCAGAUGAAACCAGCAAACAUCAGCAACCAGAAUGGAGUUCAGAUUAAAACAUCUGAUUCUGUCACAUUUAACAAAGUGUGAGACAAAGAAGUCAGAGAAUAAUAAGCAUUACAUUAAAAACACAUUUAGCAACAAAAACUGAGUUGUUGUUGCAGCUGGUCUGGAGGAAGAGAAGAACUGAUCAUCGGUUGAUGAAAAUCUUGGUAAAAAGUUUCAAUCAGAGCUGAAAUCAGGGCAGUUUAUUCUACCGUCUAUAUUACAGGUUUUGGUUUGAUCUGAGCAGAGAAAAAUAAAACUUGUUAAUCAGUGAGUUUUAUAGCAGUUCAAAUGUUGAAUUUUGGACGUUGGAACGAAACAAACCUUUAUGAAGGCUGAGGCAGCAUGUCUAACAGCUUUAAGCUCCGCCCCUAAGCUGUUCUACCUGAACUAAAGCAGGAAACAGUUUGUGAUCAUCGUUUCCUGCAGAGACUCCCAGACGAUCAGAUUCACCUUCAGACCAAACUAGCAGCUUCCUCUGAGUGAGUCCAGCUGCAGGAGAGAAAAGUGGAAACCUGCAACUCUGCUGCUUCAAGCUGCCCACACUGGAGCUUCACUCAGAGACAAAAUGGCUUCCAGGUUAGAGGAGGAUCUCUGCUGUUCGGUCUGUCAGGAAGUCUUUAAGGAUUCGCUUGUUCUAUCAUGUAGCCACAGCUUCUGUAAGGAAUGUCUGAAGAGCUGGUGGAGAGAGAAACCAUCAAGAGAGUGUCCAGUUUGUAAGAGGAAAUCUUCUAAGGCUGAUCCACCUUUAAAUCUGGUUCUGAAGAACCUGUGUGAGACUUUCUUACAGCAGAGCGAUCAGAGAGUUUCAGAGGAUCUCUGCAGUCUGCACUCUGAGAAACUCAAACUCUUCUGUCUGAACCAUCAAGAACCAAUUUGCUCCAUCUGUAGUCAUUCAGAAAAACACACCAACCACAGAUUCAGACCAAUCCGGGAAGCUGCUCAGGAUCACAGAGAGAAUCUGAAAACAUCUCUGGAGUUUUUAAAGAAGAAGCUGGAGCUCAGAAAGAAAGUUAAAAAGAAGUUUGAUCAGACAGCAGAACACCUGAAGGUCCAGGCCCGACACACAGAGAGGCAGAUUAAGGAGCAGUUUAAGAAGCUUCAUCAGUUUCUAGCAGAGGAAGAGGAGGCCAGGCUGGCUGCACUGAGGGAGGAAAAGGAGCAGAAGAGAGGGAUGAUGAAGGAGAAGAUGGAGGCUCUGAGCAGAGAGAUAGCAGCUCUUUCAGACACAGUCAGAGCCACAGAAGCGGAGCUGAGAGCUGCAGAUGUCUCAUUCCUGCACAACUACAAGGCUGCAGUGGAAAGAGUCCAGCGCUGCCCCCUGCUGGAGGAUCCACAGCUGCCCUCAGGAGCUCUGAUAGACCAGGCCAAACAUCUGGGCAACCUGGCCUUCAACAUCUGGAGCAACAUGAAGGACAUGGUGACCUACACUCCUCUGGUUCUGGACCCAAACACGGCUCAUCCAGGACUCCACCUGUCUGAAGAUCUGACCAGUUUGACUUUCAGAGACAAACAGCAGCUUCCUGAUAAUCUAGAGAGAUUUGAUUAUGAUGAGUGCGUCCUGAGCUCUGAGGGUUUUAACUCAGGGAGCCACAGCUGGGAUGUUGAAGUUGGAGAUAGUGAAGGAUGGAUGCUUGGUGUGAUAGGAGAGUCUGUCCAGAGGAAGGGAGACAUACAGUCUGGAUGGUUGUUUAUAUGGUUCUAUGAAGGUAAAUAUAAAGCACGUUCUCCACCAGCUCGUCCCACUCGUCUCUCAGUCCAGAAUAAAGUCCAGAGGAUCAGAGUGAAUCUGGACUGGGAUGGAGGAAAGCUGUCGUUCUCUGAUCUGGAUACUAACACACACAUACACACCUUCACACACACCUUCACUGACAAGAUGUUUCCAUACUUCAGCACUUGGAAUAACGUAAAACUCUUACCGAUGAAGAUCUCAGUGAUCAAACAGCAGCUCUGAUGUUCUCAGCAUGAAGAACAAAAAGUCCAAAUUAAACCUUAUUGAUCAGAUUGAAACUCUGUGAUUUAAACAGCAAACUGAAGAUAAUCUGAUGAUCUGCUUGUUUCAGCUCCACUUAAUAAUCAUUCCAGAUGCUAAAAACUAAAUGUGUCAUGAAGUGGAUGAUGUGAACUUUAGUUUGGUUCUGACAGCCGAUCCAGGUGUGUUGAUCCUGAACAGGUACCAGGUGAGGUUAGUGGAGACAUGAGGACACUGUAGAGCUCUGCUGAUGAAACAAACUGAGAUCCAAACAUCCAGACUGAUGAACAGAGGAAAACUCUGAGAGGUUUUCAUAUUUA